AUGGCUAGUAAUCAGCGCACAAGUGUGCUGUUUCUCGCAAAUAGCGAGCAUGGCCAAACAAACAUUAUUCUGGCGAUCACGCACGAGCUGCUGGUGCGAGGAGAUGUGGAUGUGCAUAUUGGCUCUUUCCCUGCCCUUGAGCGACGCAUUGAUAAGCUCUUGGCUGACAAUGCCUCCGCGUAUGAUGGUUCAUUCCGGUCGCGGAUUCACUUCCAUCCUAUUAGAGGACCUUCAAAUACAGAUGUCUUUAUCCGCACUGGGAAGCGAGGCGCUUUCCAUCCUCCUGGGUACCAUGGAGCGGUACUUGGGUUCCAGUCUCUGUGCGAAGACAUCUGGGGUUGGACGGAAGAGGAAUACGUAGAUAUCUACAACUGCUGCGUGGAGAUCAUCAAGACCGUUCAGCCGUCAGUCAUCGCGGCCGACUUCUUCUUCCUACAAGGCAGAGAUGCUGCGUAUAACACGGGGUACACGGCGAUUUUGAUCAAUACUACGUCGCUCACUCAUAUUGUUCUUGGAUUGCAGUCACAAUCCGCUGCGUUGUGGAAAUAUCCCUUGCCGGGAACAGGAUUUCCAUACCCUCUUCCAUGGCAUUUAGUUCCACUCAACGCUCUUGCUGUGGUCAAAACAGCUAAGAUGUACCAUGGAAGUGGGCGGCGACGUGAGAUUCGCGAGUGGAGGAUUCGGCACAAGAUCCACGGUCGGUUUCCGUUUGCUGAUGCCUGGAGGCCCGAUCGGUUCCAUCUUUCCCCAGCGUUAAAAGAGCUGGACUGGCCUAUGGAUGUGCCCGAUAAUAUUUUUCCUUGUGGACCGAUUUUACUCCCCACGGCUUCGGUUCAUAAACAGGACCCCGAAUUGGCAAGUUGGCUGCAGAGAGCGCCGACUAUCUUGGUCAAUCUUGGGACGCUCUAUGCGCCCGACCCUAAGGUUGCAGAGAAUAUUGCGUCAGGUCUCAAGCUCUUCAUAGAUGCUUGGAAAGGGGAGAAGAUCCAGAUUCUGUGGAAGCUUCCUAAACACCCGCAUGAUGAGGAUGAUGUAUACAGCCGGUCCAUCGAGCCGCUUAGACAGGAGACUGAAACCGAUCGCGUUCGGAUCCAUCCAUGGUUCUCCGUUGAGCCCAUGGCCAUGCUUCAAACGGGGCAGAUUGUCUGCUCCGUUCACCACGGUGGAGCGAACUCGUGGUACGAGGCUAUCCAGAAUGGCGUCCCCCAUGUGGUUCUACCAGCCUGGCAGGAUUGCUAUGAGAACGCUGCGCGAGCGGAGUGGCUUGGAAUUGGGGUGUACGGCAACAAAACCCGAGCUCCGAAUAUCAAUGAUCGAGAGUUAAGUAAAGCACUCUUGAAGGUCAUGAGCGAUCGCUCAUAUAAAGAAAAAGCUCUUGACCUUGCCAAACUAUGUCAGAAGAAAGAAGGACGUGUGGCAGCUGCGGAAAAGAUUGUCGAGCUGGCGCGCAACCCGGACCUGAUGGCCAUGCACAUUCCGGAUAUGAAGAUCGGUGAUUCUCAAUGUCAGCUCAGUGAAAUCCGAAACCGUUCAGGAAUGACUCUCCAGUCGGUCCAGUUGCCUCCGCCGGAAGUCAAGCCAACAGCUAAGUACAUCUCCCUAACCGUAACACCAUUGCUGUCCAUUCCGGUUGUAACUGACCCAUGA